CAGCGCUCCCGCGGCUGCCCAAGGGCGAGGCCGCGGCCCCGGCGCGGCUCUCGGGGCACGCCGGCACCGCGCUCCCCCGGCUCGCUCCUCCCAUCGCGGCUGCUCCGCCUUCCCCGACCCGCGAACCGUGGGACGCUUUUUCCGUGAGGAAGUGGCUCGUCGGUGGGGUGGAAGGAGGAGAGAAGCGCUGGCCAACUGGGGAGCAGGCGGGGCAGUGAGCUGCCGGCGGGGAGCGAGGAAGUGGGGCCAGAGGAGCGGCGCUCCGGGCCCCGCUGAGCCCCGCGGAGUGCCAGCAUGAGCGGCGGGGAUGGCGGUGGGGGCCGGGCGGGCGCCCUCAGCUACGGCCUCCCCUCCAUCCCCUCCAGCAAACUCCCGGACUUGCGUUUUAUCAGCCGGGGCGCUUACGGGACCGUGUCCGCCGCCCGCCACGCCGACUGGAGGGUCCCGGUGGCCCUCAAAUGCCUGCAGGGGCCGCUGCUAGACAGUGAUAGAAACCACCUUCUAAAAGAAGCAGAGAUAUUACACAAAGCCAGGUUUAGUUACAUACUGCCAAUUUUGGGAAUCUGCAACGAGCCUGAAUUUCUGGGGAUAGUAACAGAAUACAUGACCAAUGGGUCAUUAAACCAGCUACUGCAUGGGAAAGAUGUAUAUCCCGACAUUCCCUGGUGCCUGAGAUUCCGCAUUCUUUAUGAAAUUGCUCUGGGAGUAAACUAUUUGCACAACAUGAAUCCUCCAUUGCUGCACCAUGACUUAAAAACCCAGAACAUUUUGCUGGAUGAUGAGUUUCAUGUCAAGAUUGCAGAUUUUGGCAUGUCCAAAUGGCGUGUCAUAUCCAUGUCCCAGUCCCGAAGCGAAUCCUCCUUGCCGGAAGGAGGGACAAUUAUCUACAUGCCACCUGAGGAUUACAACCCCAGUCAGAAAACCCGGGCAAGUGUCAAACAUGAUAUCUACAGUUAUGCAGUUAUCAUAUGGGAAGUGAUGUCAAGGAAACAGCCAUUUGAAGAAGUUAUAAACCCCUUGCAGAUAAUGUACAGCGUGUCACAAGGACAGAGACUAGACUUGAGUGAAGGAAGUCUAUCAAUGGACAUUCCUCAUCGAGGGCUUGUCAUAAGACUGAUGGAAAGUGGAUGGGCACAAAACCCAGAUGAAAGACCAUCAUUCUUAAAAUGUUUAAUAGACCUGGAGCCAGUUCUGAGAACAUUUGAUGAAAUAGCUAUGCUGGAAGCAGUACUUCUCUUAAAGAGAUCAAAGUCACUGUAUGAAUCACAAAGUAUUUACAAGAGUGGAAAGAAAGCAAAUGUGGAGCAGAUACCUCUAAAUAUACCUCUGAAUCCCGAAAAGCCAACAUACUAUAGCUCCAUAGAGUGUGAUGCACUUAGCCUUCGGAGCAUCCCUCCAGAUACAUCAAAAUUCAAGUCUAUUUCCCAGUGUAAUAUCCUCUCAUCAGAUGGAAAUUCUGGGUGUCUACACUCUCUUAGCAGCCAGAGCAUGGAUGAAAAUCUGUCUGUAACUCAAAGUGCCAAACUCCUUGUGCAUCCAUACAGUGCUGGUCUCUCAUCUGCCAGGAGUAUUUCAGAUGCCUCAAGUUCUGCAUCCCGUGUGCUGCAGUCAUCGCCAAUUCCUUCAGUACCAGGUCGGGUUGAACACUGGAACAGGUUGCCCAUGGAGGCUGCAGAAGUACCAUCACUUGGAGAUGCUCAAAAUUCAGCUGGACAAGAUUUUAUAUUGGAAACCAUACAAAAGAAUGUAGCUCAUCAGUGGAUCCAAAGUAAAAGAGAAGAAAUUAUUGAUCAGAUGACUGAAGCAUGUUUGAAUCAAUCACUGGAUGCUCUUCUAUCAAGAUUUUUACUCAUGAAAGAAGAUUAUGAACUUAUAAGCACCAAACCUACAAGGACAUCAAAAGUACGACAAUUGCUUGAUACUUCAGACAGCCAAGGAGAGGAAUUUGCCAGAAUUAUAGUGCAGAAGUUGAAAGAUAACAAACAGCUAGGACUUCAGCCUUAUCCAGAUAUUGUAUCUAAUUCUCAAAGACUGCAUUUUUAAAUUUGUUCUUCCUUUAUUAAACCAUGUGAAUAUUUCUUAAAACAUGAUUCUUGUUUCUAUAUAGUAUUUUAUUUAUGUGCAGCUUUGUCUUUACUGUGCCUUUGUUGAGUAUCAGAAACGACCCUGAGUUCUUCUAGCCUGCAUUUGGUCAGUGACCAAUUAAUAAUUUGGAGUGUAGUCAUAAAGCCAAACAAUUGAUGGUUGCUGACUCAUUUUGUAAAAGUAUUUUGUUUAUACAUGACAAAGAAAAGCAUUAAAAGUUCAUCAUUUUACAUAUUUGCUGUUUAUACACAUCCUUUCCUUUCAUUUCACAGGACUGAGACAGCUAAUCUUAAUCUUAACAUGGCCUGUUUGUUUUUCCUGUUCCAUCUGCUCUUUCUCACAGAGGAGGGAAAAAAAAAUCUAGGUGCUCUUUUCUAGGGCUAUUCUGCUGUGUGUAUAAUAACUUCCUUCCUUAAACCAUGCUGGUGUGCACACAGGAGAGGAGUGGUAGGUGGAAGGAAGAUUGUAUUUCAUUUUUGCAGGAUUUUUUAUUGGUUUGGUUUGGUUUGGUUUUUUUUUCCCAUUUCGUUGCCAGAGCAAGCACCUCAGACCACAGCAUAAGAAGAAUUGUAGUCCAAAAAGGAGCCCAAGGGGAAGGAGGACGUUGGGCUUGUCAUCUUUGUUCUGCUCAGAAGUGAUAUAGGAGAAAGGCUGCAGCUAUAGCAUUUUACAUUGUGUGGUUAUAACCACUUCAGCUAUUCUUGAAAUCAUAGUAGGAUGAGAUCCAGGAAGAACUUCCAUAAGGGCAUCCUCACUUAAUACUUCUUUAACGUUUCCUUGGUCAUCUGCCUUGCCUUUGUCAAGUGCUAUCCUACCACCCCUUACCGUUGUCAUCUGCCAUAAAUAUUUCUCAUGUCAUGUUGCUAGAUCAAACUUCUAACUCAAUUUUAUUUUUGGUAUUUACAUAAUGAACUGCAUAAGUAGUUGGGUCUCUACAAAGAUCAAUCAUGUCCUGCCUUGCCACGCCGGAAGCAAUGUGCAGGGGUCUCUUCUGCUAUCACCUGCCUUAACAUUCUCCAGAUCACAUCUCUGCUGUCCUUUUUGUCUGAAGGAUGGUGACAUGUUGAGGCACAAGUGCGGCCACCUCAGAGGAAAAGGUAUGUGAUGUUUUUUUUCAGUUCAUUUCACAAGACCUUUGUGACUUCAUCUAGGUGACUUCAAAACUAGUAAAAAAAUUAUUUGUCCUAAUUUGUCAGAAUGCAGCAUAGGCAGAUUGUUUUUGCAGGCACUAAUAAAUAAUUAACAAUUUCUGCUCAGGCUAUCUGAAAUUUGGGAAAAUCCAAACUCCACAUACAAGAAUGGUAAAAUAUACCUAAAUUACCGUAUAAAAAGAGCAGAUA